AUGCCUUCUUACCUCGUAACGGGUGUGAACCGUGGUAUUGGGUGGGAAUUCCUCCGCCAAAUUUCCGACGACGUCAACAACGUUGUCAUCGGCACUGUUCGCAACAAAACUGCCGUUGAGAAGAAGAUAUCCGAUGAGCUUGGAAGCCGAUCCAAUAACUCCGUCAAUGUUGUAUCGAAGAUCACUGGAGGCAAACUCGAUUACAUCAUUGCAAAUGCGGGAUACAUCUCGGACUGGUCAGGGUUUGACGCCAUCGGCAAAUUGGGAGAUACUCCUCAACAGCUUGAAGAGGAUCUCUUGUACACCUUCAAGGUCAAUGUCAUUGGCAAUGUUCACCUGUUCAACUCCUACAUGCCCCUGAUCCUAAAGGGAAAUGCCAAGAAAGUUAUAACCCUCACCUCUGGGAUGGCCGACCUUGACCUGAUCAACCAGUACCAUGUGGAUUCUGGUGCACCUUACUCCAUCAGUAAGGGGGGUAUGAACGUUGCAGUCAGCAAGUUUCACGCCCAGUACGCUAAAGACGGGGUUUUGUUCAUGGGUAUCUGUCCUGGACUGGUCGACACGGGCCAUGCCGACAACUUGAGCCAGAAUCAGUUGGAAGGUGCCAUGCGAAUGGUAGCCAUCUUUGAACAGUACGCCCCUGGCGCCAAACAAAGAGCUCCAGAGGACGCUGUCCCAGACGUUAUGAAAGUCAUGUACGAGUCCAGCCUCGAGAAUGGCCGUGGGGGUGCCUACAUCUCUCACUUGGGCAGCAAGAGAUGGUUGUAG